GCGCGUUAAACUGGUCGAUCAUAGCUACUGGUGUCUCCCAAUCUUGAACAAUCAGUCCUGUCUGCGUAAGCUCUCAUCGCCAUCGUUGCAUCCACCAGCUUUGCACAAUUGGCUUUCAAUUGUUUGCUGCUUGACUGUGCGAUAAGUGAAUAAUCUUUGUCUUGAGAUAACAAAGUUCAACUGGUUAAGCGGUUUGCAGACGCAUUAUAUCGUAAAUCAUAUUUCAUCUCAGCCGCUUACUCCUCACUACCAUCGUCGAAACGCACGCACAGCAGACGCAAGGAUGGCCGUCUUCCAAAUGGGUUCUCAUACGCACGCCAUCUCGAUGACGUUGUACCGUGACAACCGAAUGAAGGUGGUCAAUGAACUGCAGCGUGCCCAUAAUUUUGGAGCCGAUUCGAAGCCUGUGAUUCUGCUUCAAGGAGGAGACAACAUUAGUCACUACGACACGGACGUGGAUUAUGUAUUCCGUCAGGAAUCGUACUUUACCUACCUGUUCGGUGUGACGGAACCGGGUUGCUAUGGAACGGUCGAGAUCAAAACCGGACGUGCAACGCUGUACGUGCCCCGAUUGCCGGAAGAAUAUGCCGUUUGGAUGGGACCGUUGCUUGGCUUGGAGGAUUUCAAGAAGAAGUACGAAGUGGACACCGUACACUACGUCGAUGAGAUUUCAAAACGCCUUUCUGAGGUAGAACCAUCGGUGUUGCUACUUUUGAGUGGACCAAAUUCGGAUAGCGGAUCAGUUGCCAAACCGGCUUACUUCAAAGGCAUUGAAAGCUUUGUAGCUGACAGUGACAUCUUGUUCCCAGUGAUUGCGGAAUGUCGCGUCAUCAAAUCUCCGGCCGAAAUCGAAGUUCUGCGCUAUGUGGCGCGCGUAUCAUCCGAUGCGCACAAAGCCGUUAUGAAAGCGAUGAAGCCGGGCAUGCACGAGUAUCAAGCGGAGGCGGAAUUUUUGCGCCACUCGUACGCUGUCGGAGGCUGCCGGCAUGUGUCGUACACUUGCAUCUGUGGUGCGGGCACCAACUCGGCAAUCCUGCACUACGGCCACGCCGGUUCCCCGAACGAUUGUGCGAUUCAGGACGGUGCCAUGUGUCUGUUCGACAUGGGUGCGAAUUAUGGCGGCUACGCGGCGGAUAUUACGUGCAGCUUUCCGGCCAACGGCAAGUUUACCGCGGACCAGCGGCUCGUCUACAACGCCGUAUUGGCCGCCCGCGAUGCGGUCUGUGGUGCGGCCCGCGAAGGCGUUUCCUGGGUCGAUAUGCAUUUGCUUGCCAAUCGGGUGAUGCUGGAGGAGCUGCGCAAAGGUCAGCUGCUGCAGGGUGACGUCGAUGAGAUGAUGGAGGCCGGUUUGAAUGCCAUCUUUCAACCGCACGGAUUGGGCCACUUUUUGGGGCUGGAUGUGCACGAUGUCGGUGGGUAUCUGCCGGGCUGUCCGGAACGCUCCAGCAAGGCCGGAGUCAAUCGGCUGCGUACGGCGCGCACUCUCAAGGCGGGCAUGUAUCUGACCAUCGAACCAGGAUGCUAUUUUAUCGAACCGCUGCUGAAUAAGGCGUACGCAGACCCGAGUCUCAGCAAGUUCUUGGUAAAGGAAAACCUCGACCGUUUCCGCAACUUCGGUGGGGUGCGCAUUGAGGACGAUGUCCUCAUUACCCAGACCGGGAUUGAAAAUUUCACCCUUGUUCCGAGGACCGUUGAUGAAAUUGAAGCCUGGAUGGCCAAGUAAUUCAGACACCAACCAAGCGGGGAGACAAUGCUAAAUAGGACGAAAAGGUCCUUUUAACUCCAACUGGAGCGCCAAUAUAUAAUACCCCUUUUCUUAUCUUCCACUGCAAGUCAAAUGACUUGAAUAUUCCGCAAAAUGUGAGCGGUUCUAUUUGUUUUGUUUCAAUUUAUCAAUCAAUUUAAUAAAAUUUAGCACCCAAAAA